AUAAAACUAAAUCCCUGGGUGAUCCGAUCUCUAGUCCGAUUUCGUUCGCUUCUAUAUUAAGAACGCCUUCGCCUGGCCUCGCACGAUGCGUGUGCGCACAGCAAACGUUCACACAAUAAAAACCAAACGUAGUACAUAUUAUAUUUUUCCGACGAACCCGACUUAAAUCGAUAUCACGAAAAUUUUCAUGUGAAUUUUGUGAUAAUAUUAUAUUUUGGACGUUUUAAUGUAAAAUGUCCGUAAAGUGAAUUAAAAAGUGAAUUGAAAAUAAUCGUGUGGUUAUCGCUGAAGAAGACAAAAUGAAGUUCACAAUUGACGUUUUGGGGAUUUUUCUUAAAGUCGUCGUUAAGAUAAACAAGGUGACAUUCGCGCCGUUGGUGGUGUCGACCCUAUUCAUCCUUCUGACGUCACUAUUGGCGCACUGUGCGAGACGAGUGGUGCAGAAGGUGGUGAAGGAACCCUUCGUCCGGUUGCUGUUUGAGGAGGCCAUAGCUGCUGCUGAACUAUGCGGGUGCUGCUUUGAACUUAUUGUGGUGGCGGAUAACUUUGGCGUAGCGACGUAUGCGAUAUUCCUGUUCGCGUUGACGAUCUGGUGGUCACUCAACUGGGGAGAUGCUACUGCCUGCCCUUAUACGCACAUCGAAGAUGUUAUUGAAGGCAAGGGUGACAUCCGCAAGGCUCUCCUUAAGACCUGGGCUGAGCUGACCGGUGGUAUCCUGGUCUUCAAGUACGUGCAGAUGUACUGGGCGCUGGAGAUCUCUGACACACACAAGGAUAAGGCUUUUGAAGACUGCAAGGCUGACUUACAGGUACCCGUUAUCUACGGUGCCGUGGUAGAAGGUAUCGCCACGUGCCUCUGCCGCCUUGCGUCAAGAGGGCUCGGUGACCUCAACCCUCGCUUCGCCACGGCCAUCGAUUCCUUCAUCGGAACCUCUCUCGUUGUAGCUGGGGUCCUCACUAGGCACACGGUAUUCGUCUACCGGUAUCAGGACAAUAGUGCCAAUGCGGACCUAAGCGUGUCCAUCUUUUGCAAAAUACAUUUAGGAAAAGCUUUCGACUAUUCUGGAGGUUAUUUCAACCCUGUGCUGGCGACGUCCCUGAAGGCCGGCUGCGAAGGUCACACCAUGUUGGAACACGCGACAGUCUACUGGAUAGGAGCCUGCGCAGGUUCUCUUCUGUCAGUAUACCUUUACAAGCUACCAGCCAUCCAGAAGUUCGUCCGAGGAAGCAGUGAGGCGAACGGAGACAGCAUUUGGGCAGAAAAAGAAGAUUAAAAAGAUUCUUCUGUUGUGUCACAAAAUUAGUGGUGUGUGCUGGAUAAUUCUAGACAUUAUGUGGAAGUAAAUAGGGACUAAAAUGCUACGCAAUGGUGAAAUAAAUUGAUGUUAUGUCAACAGCCGUGAAGAAAAACAUGGAUUUUUUCUCGUUAUUUCGAAUAAUUCGAAACGGUAUUAAGCCUUCGUAUGUUAUUAUAAAAUUCUAGCCAAGUUAUUACUUCUAUCAAAUUAUCCAGACCGUUAUUAACCUCAGAAAUGAAAUAAUGAGAAAAUGAAAUCUAAUUUAGCUGUUUUUACGUUUUGCAAUGCUAGCACUUGAGUUUGAAAAGGCUUUAAUAUAGAAAUUGAAUGUAGCUAAGUAAUUAUUUUCGAGUUUUUGCAGCAAAAACAGUUUUAUGAUUUAUAUGAAAGCAAAAGUUGUGAAGUUUCUAGCUUCGAGUAUAUUAUUUUGACGAAUAAAGAAUUGUCAGCGACAUUUACUUAUAAUUUCUGAAUUAACCAGCAUACACCAACAUUUUCAAAAUUUUUACGCUUUAAUCAAUGACUUUUUUGGAAAAAGUUCGCGUGAAAAUUAAUUGAUUUGUUUCUUUUUUUAUAUUUUUCUCAAAAUAUGUUUGGCAACAAAUCCUCAAAGAGCGAUUGUCCACGAUUCUAGUCAUUUCUCCUUAUUUUUAAGUAUUAUUUUUUUUCUUUAUAAUUUUAAUUUUAUUAUUUGUUUCGUCUCCUAUUUGUAUUGGGUGUAUGGUAGUGACCCGCCAAGAUCGAAUGGUUUUUUAUUAUAAUUUUUAUCAUUUGAACUUGAGAUAGGAUUUUACCAUGUUUAUGAGUUUCCGAUAUUUCGGGACUGUUGCAACCACCAUGAUCACGGAUGAAUAGUUUAUCCGUCCAUCCAAAAUUCAUAUAGACAUGGUAAAUAUCUCGUCUCAAGUUCAAAUGAUAGAGUUAGUUACCAUGUCAGUUUAAAAAUAAAUAAUUUUGGUUUGUACAAGUUAAAGUUUACAUCAAAGGGGAUGAAUUUUUAUACCACCUUUUCGUACAAAGCUAAGAGCAUUAGAUUUUAUAUUUUUUCUACCCGUGUUCUUAAAGAAUGUCUCCUAAAAUAUAAUAAGUGCUACGUACUCCUGUU